AUGCAAGGCUUUAAUAGGUACUACCCGCCAGAUUAUGAUCCAAAGAAGCAUUCCUCUCUUAAUGCGUAUCAUGGGAAGCAUGCUCUGGGAGACAGAGCACGCAAGCUUGACAAGGGAAUUCUCAUUGUCCGCUUUGAGUUGCCAUUUAAUAUUUGGUGCGGUGGAUGCGAUAAGCAUGUGGCCCAGGGAGUGCGCUACAACGCAGAGAAAAGAAAAAUAGGGAAUUAUUACUCUACGCCCGUCUACGCUUUUAAAUGCAAAUGCCACCUCUGCUCUCAUUGGUUUGAAAUACAGACUGAUCCCAAGAAUACACGGUACAUUGUCAGUGAAGGGGCCAAGCAGAAGGCAGAGUGGGAGCCUGAAGAGGGCGAGACUAUUACGAUGGAAACGGAUCCAUCGAAGAAACCCGAGGUAGAUCCGUUUGCAGCGGUUGAGAAAGGCACGAAUCAAGUAGAAGCGCAGAAAAAGGCGUUGCCUAGACUGACGCAGAUUGAAGACGCCAACGAAGCUACAUGGUCUGAUACGUAUACAAUGAAUCAGAAGCUGCGGGAUAAGCAUCGCGUUGAACGGCGGAAAGAGCAUGCCGAGAACCGGAGCAAUUUGGAGCUGAAAGAUAGGUAUGGACUUCCAGAGGAUAUGCGAAUGAUGGAAGAUGAGAGCGAUGUAAAGGAAAGUCGCAACUUCAAGCAGAUACAACAGCGGCGGCGAUCAGCGCCAAAGACGACGGAUCUGAAGCGAUCGCUAUUAACAAACACGCGCCAGAAAGUAGAUCCCUUCGGUAGCUCUAUCACGCUCGCUUCCUCCUCUGCUGCUACACAUGAUCGCGAAUAUCCCCGCAAAGCCCACAGGCGUCAACUUAAUAGGCUCAAAGACUUUAAUGAUAUUAAAAGACAAAGACAGGGCGGCGGCAACAAUGGCAACAACGGUAUGAACGAUAACGACGGCGCUGGCGGUGGAAAUAACAAUAACGGCGGUAAUAACGACAAUAACAAUGACAACAACAAUGACAACAACAUUAACCAAGACCCGCAAGAAUCUCUCCAACUUGAUCCAGAUCUUGUCAUGCCCGGUUUGGCACAGAAUGGCCAACAAGAAGGCGGUGCAGAGGCUGGACAGGUUGCAUCACUCACCUCCGCCAACAACUUUAUCAACUUCUGCCUCACUGAGCCUGACCUCCCACUUACGAACGGCAGGCAAGUUAGGGGCGGCUCAUGCAACCCUGUUCCAAUCGGCGUCAUCGCUGCUACAAACAGAAUGCCAUCGGCCAAAUUUGUCAAUCCAGAGAACGGUGCUACAAUUCAAGCUAACCAGGACUUCACUAUUCAAAUGGCUAUUCGCAACCUUAACGCUGGUAACUUUGUCAACCCAAACACCAAUUACUUUGCUGCACCACAAACCACAAACAACAACGGUCAAAUUAUUGGUCAUAGCCACGUUGUCGUCGAGCAACUUCCAAAUUUGCAAAGUACGCAACCACUCGACCCUGCAAACUUCGCCUUCUUCAAGGGUCUCAACGAACCAGCACAGAACGGUGUGUUGUCUGCUCAAGUCUCAAGAGGACUUCCAGCUGGUGCCUAUCGCAUGUGCAGUAUCAACUCAUCUGCGAACCAUCAGCCAGUAAUAGUUGCAGUAGCACAACACGGGUCUUUGGAUGACUGCUCAUAUGUCAGUGUGGCUUCAGUACGCGCGCGUGUGCUAACAGAGAGUGCAGUUCACAGCUGA